GACUUGUUUACUGAGUGUGUGGAGAGUUUGAAAUCCUCUGGAGCAGACAGACGUUCACACACAACAGACUGAAGAGAACAGCCUGGAGCUCUGUGUGUACAUUCAGGAUGGACGACAGGCACUGUUGUGUCCAGCUGUCAGUGAAUCCGUCUCGGGGACUCAUGGACGAGCAGUUUGUCGUCCUGGUCCAGAACGCCCCCCCUGGUUCUGAGCUGACCGUUCACUCCUUCCACCAGUGUGAUGAAGGUCACAGCUGGAAUGCUUUCGCUCACUACAUAUCUGAUGCCGCUGGCAGUGUGAAUGUGUCUGGAGACUGCAGUCUGGGAGGAACGUAUUCUGGAAUUGAACCUAUGGGUUUACUGUGGAGCCUCAGACCAGUUCCAGGCAGCAAACCUGGACUAAGGAUACGAAAGAAGAACGUCCAGGUGCCCAUGUUGGUCACAGUGUCGGUGUACGAGGGUCACAGGAAAGACGGCUUUUCAGAUCUUGUCCCUCUUGCUAGUGUCUUGGUGGAGCGCUGGUACAUGGCGCCUGGUGUCCGCAGGAUCCCGGUCACAGAGGGUGGACUCACUGCAACCCUCUUCCUGCCCCCAGGACCUGGACCUUUCCCUGCUGUCCUGGACCUUUGGGGGAGUGGGGGGCAGCUGAUGGAAUAUCGUGCAGCCUUGCUGGCCUCACAUGGUUUAGCUGCUUUGGUCGUGGACUACCUGACGACUAAAAAUAUCAAAGAAACAGAAAAGAUGACCAUCUUCCAGUACAUCGAGACUGCCUACAAGUACCUAGAGGAGCAUCUACAGAUCCUUGGAAGCAGGAUCGCCAUGUUGGGACUUUCCUUUGGCACCAGUGUGACCCUCAGAAUGGCGGCUUACUCCAAAAUUAUGAAGCUCAGAUGUGCAGUGUGUAUCAGUGGGUUUCAUGCGCAGCCACUUGACAAAGAAUUGAUAGACGUUCUGAACUCCAUUCAACAAAAUGUUGUGAACGCUCGCACUACUAAGGAGAACCAGAAGAUCUUGCGAGAUCUGUCUUUGCCCAUUGACCCUUUAAAGAAGGUGGAUGUGGGACGACUGCAGUGUCCUUUGAUGCUGGUUGUUGGUGAGGACGAUCAGAACUCAGCCGCCCAAGAGUCUGCAAGUGAUAUGAAGGAGAUGAUGGAGCGAGCAGGGAACAGCCAUCUGCUGACCAUCCUGUCCUACCCUGACGCAGGCCACCUGAUUGAACCCCCGUACACACCGCACGUUCGAGCCAGCAACUUCAAACCAGCUGGCUUGAAACAGAUGUGGGUAGUUCUGUGGGGCGGACAGACGGUGGCACAUUCCAGGGCUCAAGAGGACUCCUGGAAGAAGAUACUGCUCUUUCUCAGGGUGAAUCUGUUUGGUGGAACGAGACCUGGUGCAGCGCCACUUUCCCGCCUUUAACUGUGACGAAACUUCAUGUUUUAAAGAAAGUCGAUGUUUUGGGAUUGGAAUAAAUUCUCUUUAAGGUUGUCUUAAAUCCAAAAGUAUUGUCAUUGCUCAAGUUUUUGCAAUUUAAUUCAGUUUUCAUGAAUUAUGAGAACUGUGGCUCAGGAGGAGUUAUGGGGCUGUUUCUCAAACUGCUCAGAAAUAGAGGAUGCCCUCUGACCUCCAGUGAGGACAUCACCCAGUGACAGGUGGAAGGAACAAUGAGGAUCUCCUGAAUACAAGAUACAUGUCUCCCAUGCAGGAGGCAAGGCUGGAGGCCGCUGAGGUGUUCUCAUCCAUUUCCCUGGUGGAGGUCACCAAGAUAGUCAAAAACAACGCACAGGUGUGGAUGAGAUAGAACCCUAACCCUAAGUCUCAAUACGAACCACAAGAACAAAACAAAACACAAAUCUAUGGAAUGGAGAAAUCUCUGUAUUGUAAUUUACACAGUGCUUCUCUAGAGACAAAUAUACUCUUUAUCUUCAAAGUUUCCACUUGGUUUAUGGAUGGAAUCUGCAGUUUUUUUCGUUUCCUCAUGCCUUCUGGCAGCGUUCUCUGCAGAGCUGUCACAGCACUGAGCAACUGCAACUGGUUGGUAAUUACUCUGACCUCUGACCCGGGAGGAAGUUGAUGUAUGUCACGGACUGCAUUUUUUUUUCUUUAAGACCAGAGUUUUGCUCUUUAACUAAGAAUAAUUGUCCACAAAUACUCUUCUGUGCAAUCAAGUGAGAUAACUGAUCUUUUUGUACCCGUGUGUGUAAACUUGAUGUAAUGAUACAAAAUCGAUUUUUUUGCUCAUUUUAAAAAGAGGCAGCUGAUGGAAAUGCAAAUCUGUACUUAAGAAAAAAAUAUAUUUUAAGAUUCUUUAAAUAUUCAAUCAUAAAAAAAAAAAAACUCAGUUUCAAAAGAUACAACAAAGAAACCGUCACUCAGCAUGAAAUCACAUGAACGCGGGUCCUUUUGGACCUAUGUUUGCGUCAAAGGAUUAAAGUAACACAAAAGUUACUUUGCCUGGUAAUGAGUUCAUUUUAAUUCAGAUCAAUUCAAUUCAGCUUUAUUUGUAAAGUGCUUUUACACAGAAAACCCAACAGAGCCACAUGAGCAGGCAGGCGACUGCGGAAAGGAAACACUCCCUUUCAGAAUGAAGAAGCCUGCACAACCAGGCUCAGAGGUUUAGGCUUUCUGCUAUUUCCUUUUAGUUCUAGUUCAUCUUAAAGGGUUAGACACAAUCUGCCAUUUGUAACUCUAAAUGUCAAAUGAA